AUGGGAGGGCAGUCUCCUUUGCAGGCGGGGGUGGUCCUCCUCGCGACUCUGGCCUUCUGCGCGACUGCCAGUAAUAGCUGGGGACCUGCCGACAUCAAGCGCGUGCACGUCGUGUUUUCGAACCACUUGGACGUCGGCUUCGACGGCCUCGGCCCCAAGGAAAUCGGGUUUGCGUUCACCAUCAUCAACAAGUACUUUGACGAGUACUUUGCGCGGGGCAUGAACACGUCUGCGGUGUUGCGGCAGCGCGACCCGCCCUACCGCUACGUCUACACCACGCAGGCCUACCUGACCUCGCUCUACCUCGACUGCAUCGACCCGUCGCGGUGGACCUACCCGGCCCCUGGACUGCAAGCCAAUGGUCCGCGCCCGCCGCCGCUGCAUUGCCCUGACGCCGCUGCGAGGCAAGCGCUCAUUGAUGGGGUCAAGCGUGGCGACAUUUGGUGGCACGCGUUUCCUUUUAACUCCGAACCCGAGGUGUACGACCACUCGCUCUUCCAGUCGUCGGUCAACCUGGCCAAGGACCUCGCGCGGAGCCUGGGCCGCCCGGCGCCCAAGACACUCUCGCAGCGAGGCAUCUCCUUCCGCCCAUUUGAGUUCGACUCCGCAGCAGCGCUGGCACUGAUCGACGGUCACGUGCCCGGUAUGACCCGCGGGGUCAUUCCGCUCCUGAGCGAGCUGGGCAUCGAGGCCAUCAGCGUGGGCGUCAACGGCGGAUCGUCGCCUCCUGCCGGUGGCUAUGGCGGGAUCGAAGUGUCGGACUGUGUGAUCGUGCCGGGGCUCGAUCACGCCCUUGCGCUCGCGUGGAAGGGAGACAACCAGGGGCCGCACACCGUCGACGAGGCGCUGGCCGUGUUCCAGCAGCUGGAGAAAGAGUUCCCGAACGCAGUGGUGCAGGGCUCAACUUUUGACGAGUUUGUGGAGCAGCUCAAGACGGUGCGGACCUCGCUGCCCGUCAUCGAGAGCGAGAUCGGUGACACUUGGAUCUACGGAGUGGCGUCCGACCCGCUGAAGCUGGCGCAGUUCAGGGAGGUGCUUCGCCUGCGCCGCGCCUGUCUCGCCGCGCGCAGCUGCUCCCCCUCCGACGCCGCGUUCCGCGAAUUCGAUCGCCUCCUCACCAAGGUCGGCGAACACACGUGGGGCGUUGACGUCAAGACAUUCCUGAACGAUUUCACCCACUGGAGUAACUCCGAGUUCGAAGCGGCCAAGAACGGUUCCAACUUCGCGCUGAUGGUCAAUUCGUGGAUCGAGCAGCGGUCGUUCAUCACCAACGCCCUCCGUGCACUGUCAUCGUCCGACAAGUAUGAACCGCUGGCCCGGACCAUCGAAGCCAACUUGCAGGCGCUGAAGCCUAAGGGACCGCCCAAUCCUCAGGCCCUGGGCUAUGCUGCCGUUGCCAGAGAGGACUGGGCGCGCGUCUUCCAGUGUGGCGAGCUGGUGCUGGCCUUCGACCCCACGAACGGCGCUAUCAACUACCUCUACGACAAAGCCAAGCGCGCCCAGUGGGCCAACGGAGCGACAUGCCAUUCGCUGGGACUGUUCCAGUACUCGACAUACGACCAGGGAGACUACACUAACUACAUCGGCACCUACGGCUACCUACAGCCGCCCCCGGAGUGGUUCGCCAAGGACUUUGGUAAGCCUGGAGUGGAGUCUGCAAGGCCACUGCAUGGGUUCUGGCUUCCCAGGCUGGAGGCGAUGUGGACUAAGUCGUCCUCAGCCGGCUGGCACUUCCUUCUGCGGCUCGGCAUGGCCAACGGAACGGCGUGGAGAGAAGAAGAUAAGGACAAGUUGGUGAAACACAGGCUGGUUUCUUCCACUUCAAGUGUCUGCUUCAAAGAAGCUGUGUGUCAGCACAUUGAACAUGUUGGCGCCGAUGGGCUGAAGACGCUUCGGGAUUCAUCUGCAGACGCGUCGAAUCUCAAGUACCUGCCGGCCUCGAUCACCUCGCUCGACCUGGCCUACACCCUCGUGACCGAGUACUGCUCGCUGUACGAGCAGGACAAGAUCAACUUCUUCUUCAAGGACAUCGUGCGGUGCAUGCCCAACCUGCGGUUCCUGGACCUGCGGUGCGGCUACCCCUACGGCUCGCUCAAAUACGGCCCCUGCCUCCGGGGCAAAGUGGAAGUGCUCGUGCUCGACCAGCCGCUCGCCGACGACGCCGAGGACUCCAUUCCGUGA